UAGAAAUUGGGGACGAUUAGUCAUGUGAGUGUUCCGCGACUCUAGAGUGCAAUUUUGGUCCACUUCGGGCGACCAUUCAUCACAAAAUUAAUUUGUUAGUUGGUCUGCGACCGCACUGAAUAACACUAAAUAAGCAUGUUUAGAAGAAUGUGUCGGUCGGUCCUCUUGCCCCAUGCGACCGAUCUCGCAGUCUGUCCGCAGCCGCGAUACCUUGCGCUUCUCGUAAAUUGCAUGUCCGUCCUGAUGAUCCUUUACCGCGAUGAUAAAUACAGCCGCCCCCGGACGCGGAUUUCACCAUUCGUUUAAAUUUACAAUACUCGUAACUGUGGUAACUCUUCUUCGUUCCUGCUCAAGUGCACCCACUAUGGAUCCUUGGUGGUAUCAUCCCUGUACCAGUAGCAUCGACAGAGCCCCGGAGAGACAUGAAAGAAGCACAAAACAUCAUCUAGAAAUCAUCAAACGUCAAUAUGAAACUUUUCUUCACCAACUAAAUUUAAGUUUGAAGAGCAUAUUUAAGCUUUAUAAAAAGGAGAAAAGCAAUAAAGUGCCCCGACUUAAAUGGUUUAACAGGAAAAAAAUGCUAAAACCGUUUGAUCAAUCAAAAAAUAAAAUAGUUGAACUUCACAAAGCACUCCAAUAUGUGGCCGGGAACUUACACGUUUUAAGGCGUUUAAACGUGACAACUGAAACCAAUUUCAAAAAAAACCGAAGACAAGAAAUCUACACAAAUCUUACUAAUCAUCUGAAAUUAUUGUUGUGUGAAGUUUACGAUAGUUUUGAACGUACUCAAGUUCCUAAAGGAAUUCCUCUUCAAAAAAUGAAAAUUGGAUUCCUUGAAAACACCGACUUAACUACUGCGCAAUUGUACGAUCUUACUUACUUCAGAAGAUUGAAGACUUUUUUUAAAACUUUAAAGAAGAAAAUAUUUCCAAGAAGUAAGAGAAAAAAACCAGUGAAAAGUAAAGGAAGGACGUGAUUAGUGAAUAAUUUUGACGAUUCGACAGCAUUGUCGGGAAUAGAAUCUCAUUUUUAAAUCAACGUACCUACCUAUUGGUUAGGUAAAUCUGUGAUUUUUUUUGUAUUAGAAUAAGUACCUAUUUAUUUAACUUAUACCUAAUAAAUUAUUUUUUUAAAGACGA